AUGAGGUUGACCACACUCAUAGGUAGUGCUUUGACCGUACUACCAGAUCUUGUAUCGGGCCAAACCGAUCAGAAGGGAACAGUAUGCGGCAACCAAAGAUUUGGCAACCUGAACGACUCCCUCUCAUAUUACCCCAACGCAUGGAACAAAAAGAGUCCCAAAAAUGGCUUUGUUUGUCUCAAAGUCGACAACAGCACACCGGCAUUUGAUGCGACAUGGAAUUGGGACAAGAAUAUUCAAGACGUACAUUCUUUCCCAUACGUACGUUUCAACCACCCGGAUUUACCCAUCCGUCUCAACAAUCUUGAAUCGAUACGUCUGUCAACCGAUUGGAUAUACACGCCAGGAAACCCAAGCCAACCACCUCGAGAUUUCAGCAGUUCAAAAUGGGCAGCAAACAAAGAUCAGCUAAACAGCAAAGGUGUGCAGGCUAAUGCAGCUUGGGAUUUCUUCCUCGAUGACGAUCGGAAUAGAACUCUAUAUCCCCAAGUUGCGGCCGUUGAGAUCAUGGUUUGGCUUGGAUCAGUCGGAGACCCAUGGUGGCUAGGGCGGGCCAACAAUAGCAUCAUAUCGACCGUAACUUUGGGAAAGACAGAUUUUUCGUUAUUUUACGGGCGCAAUUCGGGCGGAACUCACGUCUUUACGGCCGUCACCAAAGACAACACAGACAUCUUGUCUUUUGAUGAAAACUUCUAUCCGCUUUUCAAGUUCGUUUUGGAACAAGCGCACAAGCAUAUUGAUGAGCCGAACGAUUUACCGAAAGACCCCUGGCUAGGUAUCAUUGAGUUUGGGACAGAGACAUGGCUAUCGAAUGGCAAUGCCACCUUUACAGCUGCCAACUUUGCGAUGGACCUGAAGAGUAAUGUGACUGAGAAUGAUCGCAACUCGACUGGAUCAGGGAAUGGGGGUAACAAGACGAGUGGUGGCGAUGGGGAUAAAGGUGAUGGUGCAAGCAAAGGCAAUGAGGGAGAUAAAGGAAGUGGUAAUGAUAAUGGGGAUAACUCGACAAGCAAGGGCGACGAGGAAGACGAUGCGCGACGGUUAAUGAACAACUCAGUCCUGGGAUAUGUCGUGACAGCAGCGUUGGUAAUCAGUGCUGUUCUAUCAUGA